AUGAUUGCCUUAGAGCAUUGUUAAUAGCUAUUAGAGCUAUAUAUCCUUAAAUAUAGUGUCCCUGAUUAGAUUAAUAUACAUGAUAAUGAACCAGUAUUUAAGAAUUUAAACUAAAGUAAACUCCAGUUUUUGAUAGACACACAACUCAACAUAUUUAAUCGGUGUUAUGGAAACGUUAAUCAAUCAAAUUAAAUGAGAGUUCAUCCUAAUAAGAAUUAGAAAUAUAAAAAAAUUAUGGUCUAUUUGAAACUUAUGAACCAAAACCAUAUCUUCUUCUUGUUGAUAGAGAUAAAUCUGAUGAUAAAUAUAGAUUAGAAGCCUUGAAGAAGAAGAAAGAUAAAAAAAAUGCUAAAUUUAGAGAUCAAAAUUUACCAUAUAAUGAAUAUAUUCAUCCUGCAAGAUAAAUCUAAGUUAAAUUAUUGUUAUCUAAAAAACCAUUAAAAGAUUAUUAAACAUAUGAUUCUGAUGGUAGUAUUAUGAGAAAGAGAGAAUAAGUUAAAUAAUUAAGUCCUAUAGUUAAUACAAUCAAAAGUAAAUUAUAAGGAAGAGUUGAUAAAAUAAAAUCAGAAGCUGUUGCUGAAGAAAAUAUUAUUAAUUAAUAAGCUUUGUUUAAAUUAAAGGUAUCUACUAAAGUUAAAACAUAAUAUGAUGAACCAUAUAAUUUUGAAGCAUUCCCUUUAAAACCAAGAGUUAAAUUAACAUUUACAUAAGAAAAAAAGAAAAAAGAAGAAGAAAAAGUAAAUAAUGAUGAAGAAGAUUUAACUGAUGCUGAUGCUUAUUAACUCUAAAAGUUUAUAAAAAAACAAAGUUUUACAGCACUACCUUUAUUUAAAUUACCUAAAAAAAAACAUAAUACACCUCAUGAAAGAUCAUUCCGUACAAUUAGAUAAAGUAAAGGAUUUGAUUACUUUUGA